ACUCCAUCAUUCCCAAUGCCGCACAUGGAGGCGGCGGCGCUUCUGACCUAGUCGUCUCCUCCACCGCAGCUCCCUCCCGCCGCCGCUCCUCCAUCCCACCUUUCCAACCGCCGCAUCCCGUUCUCCUGCUCCUGUCCGUUGCCUUUCAGUUGCGCCCUCACCAUUUCUAGAUAGAAUCCGCCGCCGCCAUGCCGCCAUUCCGGCGCUGGGAGGACCUGCCCCCGGACCUCCUCUGCCGCAUUGGCGACACCCUUGAACUCAAGUGCUAUGCCAGAGCGCGCGGCGCCUGCACAACGUGGCGAUGCGCGCUCCCGCCGCCAUUCCCGUCGCUCCUCGUGGUCGUCAACCGUUCCCCGUCUGCUGCAUCGCUCGCCAUCAACCGCUCGUUCGAGCUCAACGCCAUCCCCGAAAGAGCACGAUGCAUCGGAUCCAGCAACGGAUGGCUCGCCCUCCUCGCUGACAGCAAGUUCAGCCUCUUCAACCCCAUCACUGCCACCGAGAUCGACCUGCCGCUACUGAUCUACAACAACAGCACCCAGUCCACGUCCAGGCUGGUUUUCGCGCCCAACCCUGCCAGGGACGACUUCGCCGCCGUCACCAUCUUUGACAUCAACGUGCUCGCCUACGUCACUGCUGGAGCAAGGAGGUGGGCCAUCCUCGAUCCCAUAAGCCUCACUCGCGGAGAUCAGCUCGUGGAUGUCUUCUACCAUGAGAAAGGUAGGUUUUACUGCCUCACUCGGUAUGGAGAUGUCUACAUACUCCGCCUACCGGAGCGCAGCCUCGGGAAACCUAUCAUGGUCAAGGAUCCAUCAUCAGGGCCUGCACGUUUCAAGGGGAGGCAGACCCAAAAACUGCCUAGAAGACUUCCUCGUUCUCCUUUUGAGGGUCCAGACCUGAAUGCGCCGGUCACCGUUGCACCCUUGUUGGCCAAGGGGCUGGGGGACCUUCCGUUCGACCCAGAUUCUAGUUUUGCACCGCCAUACAAUAGAUUCGCUCUUGUCAAUAGUGCCAAGCACAUUGUGUUCUGUGACGGUAAUUUGUACCAGAUAUGGAGGAACAAGAGCUGCGCGGUUACCAUGCAGCUGCCAGGAGGCGGUCGUCAUCGUGUAGCAGAGAAUGAAAUGUUGGUUCUGAGGUAUUAUCCGCGGCGCCAACCAUGCUGGGAUGCUGUGACGGACUUGGGGGGCUACUCGGUAUUUCUCGGGAAGAACAACGCUGCGUCGAUGUAUGCUCAAGGUGUUCCAGGGCUCAAGGGUAACUGUGUCUACUGGAUUGACGAGAUGGGUAGGGAUCGGUGCAUGGUCUUUGACAUGGUAAGCAAGAAGUCUACACCUUGCCUUCCCAUUGCUGCUGUUGGUGUCACUCCGCAAAGCACAAUUUGCUGGUACUUUCUCACUGACAUGGUGAAAAACUUCAACAAUGGAGGCAAAAGAGUUUAUCAGACCCGUGCGAGAGUCCGGGCUGAUCGUGAAAACCAGCAAGACAUGGAAGAGUGAUUCGUCUACAAUCAUUUGGGAAUUUGUGCAAUAAUAAAAGAGUUGUCUCAUGUGAAUUAUUUUGCUAGUAUUGCGGGAGCAAAGCAUCAACACCUUGCAGGACAAUUUAUUUAAGUGCACUGUGUUAAACAUGUACUGCGAUGUUACCUAUGC